AUGCAGCGACGACGAGGACCGGCUCACAUAUCUCCUCCAAUACAAUCGCCCUUGAGGAUGUCCCCCGACGAAAAACAAUCUCGUCUCAACCAGCGCCAUUUCGGCGUAAAAGCCAGAGUAUGGGUUCUUCUCGGUCUCUUCAUCGUCGUCAUUUCGCUCCUUCAUUAUAUCCUUCCUAGUACACCAACCUCGAAGCCGUAUACCACCGUCAACCUCAAGUCCAAGAAUUACCUUAAUAACACGCACGACGAGCCAAAUCCAUUUGAAUUUUGUCCUGUCUAUGGCCCUGGCGACGCCAUCGGCGCCAAAUAUGGCGCUCUGAAGCUCUCGCAGAGCAGAAUGCAUCUAGGCAGCAGCGCCAGAGUCACUAGAGUCAUCAAUAGAGCCUUGGCAGGUCAGUCUGUCACCAUUAGCGUCCUCGGGGGUUCAGUGUCUGCCUGCCAUGGUGCUGGGGACGAUCCAGUAGCACCUAGAUGCUACCCAUCGCGCUUCUUUGAGUGGUGGAAUACUGUUUUCCCUCACCCAGCCUCUGAACUUACUAACGGCGCCAUGCGACGAACAAACUCCGCCUACUAUGGCUAUUGCAGCAUGCACCACAUUCCAGACGUUACUGACCUCAUCAUCGUUGAGCUUGACUCGGAUGAUCCCGCGGACAAGGAGAUGAUGGAGCACUUUGAAACUCUUAUUCGAUCCCUCCUCAUUCGCCCCGAUCAGCCGGCGGUUAUUCUUCUGGGACACUUCAGCCCCCAGGUCCAUGAAUCCAGCGGUUUCGCCGGCCCAGACCACUGGCACAACGUGGUCGCCCAAUUUUACGAUGUGGCGCACAUUUCGACCAAAUCAGCGCUGUACGCCGACUAUAUGAGCGACCCUGAAACCGUUUCCAAAUAUUUCGUCGAUCCAAUCCUUGCCAGCCCACUCGGCCACGAACUUCUCAGCGACGUCCUCGUCGCUUACUUCCAGGCGCAGAUCUGCUCUGCUUGGGCUGUCGCUACGGGAACCUCUUAUGACACCGUGCCCAACCGGGUGGAUGAUAAUGGACUCGGCGAUGUCCAUGGGUUAUUUGGUGGAGUGGGUCAGCGGAAAGGAGUACCGGAGCCCGGAGACGAGGAUAAGGAAGAGGUUGACGCCGAAGGAAACAGGGUCAAGCCUCAGUUGCUUCCGCCCACCAGCAACGCGUACGUUCCACCACUGCACGUUCCUCCUGGCAGGAUCAACACACGUCCCAAGUCGGACGUGCCGUUCGAGGAAAUUGCGCCGUACUGUGUCAGCGCGAACGAUCUCAUCAACCCACUUCCUCCAUCGCUGUUUUAUGGUUCCGGAUGGUACGCAGCACACCCGCAGACUGGUAGUGGCGCCAUGCAGGCCACGAGCCAUUACUGGCACUCUUCGUUGCCGUUGAGCAAGAUCAGGAUCCCCAUACAGGUCGGCGCAGGAGAUAUCGGGGUGUACUAUCUCCAAGAACCGGCAUCCUCCGUUGGAGGAGGAAGUGCUGUGGAAUGUUGGGUCGACGACAAUUAUGCAGGAGCGAAGGUAUUAGAGAAUGCUGCCGAGAUCGGGGAGCCUGGAGCAACACUCGAACUCAUCGACCAUUUUGUGACGCGUGGCUCACACUUUAUAGAAUGCCAACUAUUGGGAGAGGAAGGGCAAACAGUACCUGCAUUCAAGAUCAUAGGUGUAUUUGCAACAUGA